GGUAAAUGAAGGGGAGAUUGGCGGAAGUGGAGACGAGAGGAGGAAGAGCGCACGCACCACUAGUAGUACGUGUGCAUGUAGCUGUUAGCGUCCGGCUGUUGAGCUAAUCCUACGUUUCUCUCAGGUCACAAAAAUGGUGCUGCUUGAAAACGAUUCGUUCCUCACAGAGCUCACACGUUUAUUCCAAAAGUGCAGAUCAUCCGGUAGUGUUGUCAUCACUUUGAAAAAGUAUGACGGGAGGACCAAGCCCAUGCCCAGGAAAGGCAACUUAGAGUCUUUUGAGCCUGCAGAUAAUAAAUGUCUUCUCAGAGCUUCGGAUGGCAAAAAGAAAAUCAGCACAGUGGUCAGCACCAAAGAAGUAAUCAAGUUUCAGAUGGCCUACUCCAACCUCCUGCGAGCGCAUAUCGACGGCUUGAAAAAGAAAGACAAGAAGAGCAAAAGCAAGAAGAGCAAAGCCACCCAGUGAGCAACAGACUCAAGGGCUCAUGAACUGAUCCCGUUCCUUUCUGAGAAGAUGGGGGCGGCUCCCACCCGGGUCAGUCUCGGUUCAUCCACCCGGUGAUCACUUUGAUAUUUUGCCAUGAUCACGUGUCGUCAAUGACUUUUCCGUGCCAUCUGGGAGGAUUUCUUGUACUGCACAAAUGGAACUCUGGAGAAAAUCCACACAGUUGGAUGCAUUUUCUUUGGUUAAAUGGCUACGCUUUCUAUUUAUGUUCAAAUAACAAUUGUGAAAGCAGUCACUUUUUAUGUUUGAGCGUUUUUCUUUUUUUUUUUUUAAAGGGGAGGUGUGUAUAUCUUUCGAAGAGAUGGAAUGAAAUGUUUCACUAAAAUCACAUUU